AUGACCAUAAUUAACACAAUAAUAAUUCUUCUCGUGACCUUUUCAUCGGAAGUUUUUUGUGUCAAGACAUUCAAUUGCACGUCGCUUGACAGUCCAUGGCGGCAAUUUCCCGGCUUAUGUCGUGUCUUCGAAGCAAAUUUCCUCGUAAAUGACUCAGUAACCUUCGAACCGCAUGGAAUUGACACAAAUUCGGAAUACGAAAUAACUUUUAUGCGAUCCAAAAUGGAAAUUAUCCCGUCGGAGGUUUUUCGGAAAAUACCGAAAUUGGUGUCGUUUGAGGCACAAUUUUGCCAGAUGAAGGAAAUUUCGUCCGUGAAUGCGAGUAACUUGAAGAAAUUUGAUGUGAGCGAAAAUGAAAUUACCAAAGUUGAACGUGAGACUUUUGAUGGAACGCUCAAACUGGAAGUGCUGAAGUUGAGUCGGAAUCAAAUCAGUUCAAUUCAUCGGGAAACGUUUUAUUGGCUGCCUGAGCUGAAAAAAGUUUUGCUUAGCGAAAAUCGCUUAUAUGCCAUCGAUAAAUUUCUCUUUAGUCGACAGACAAAAUUGGAAUUUAUUGACUUGAGUCGAAAUUUGCUUGCUCACAAAUUUGAGAUGGUUUUGUACUUUGUGCCAAAAUUGGAUUUGUCCUUGAAUGACAUUGUCGCAGCCGAGAUCGAAAUGACCGUGCAUGACAUUGGCGAACUCGUGUCGGGCUGCUCCACGGAAAUUUCGAUGCAAAAAAAUCAACUUACCGAUUUUAAAGUCAUCGGCGAAGCAGUUGUCGACUCACUGGAUCUCAGUUGGAACAAUUUCAGGUCCAUGGAACGGAUUCAACUGGAAAAACCAGCUCGAGUAACGUCACUGGACCUCUCUUCAAACCCUUUUUCGCUGAUUUCGGGACAAGAUUUGAACCGAUAUCCACACCUGGAGACACUGAAUUUGCGAAAUACCUCGUUGAUUUUCGGUGCGAAUAAUAUUUUCAGUCAAUUAUCGCGCUUGAAGUCGCUCGAUUUGGCAAAAAAUCAUCUCGCAUCGAUUGACAUGCGAUUUUUCGAGCAUUUGACACAACUGACGGAAUUGGUGUUGGAUCGGAAUAAUUUAACGGAGCUCAAUACGCAGGAAAUGACAGUAAAAAGAUCAGAAUUACUCAAAAUUUCACUUUUUGAGAAUAAUUUUUCGUGCGAGGAGGUCAAGAGAAUUGUGAGGAAACUUAUUAGAAUUAAUGCGGAAGUCAAACAAAGACAUGAAUGGGAGUUGAGACGGUUUCCGACCACGUUUCAAGGUGUCGAGUGCAGUAAUUAA